AUGGUCAAGAACAAGGACCUGAAGGAUAACGAGAUUUCUCAUAUUGAGGACUUCACAUUCGUGGACGCUUGCAAGCUAACCAGACUGUUUCUCCACCACAAUCCGUUGAGUACCAUUGAGAAGUUUGGAUUAGCUGGCACUAGAAUUGAGCUGCUCGAUGUCACGGAGACAUCCCUUGCAUCUCUUCCUAAAUACGGCGUCGAAAAUCUUGAAGAGUUGAGAGCAGCGGGAGUGCGUACGCUCAAAUCUAUUCCAUCCAAAUCCCACCUCCCCUACCUCCGGAAACUUUCCGUCUUCUACCAGAGUCAGUGCUGUGCCUACAGAGACGCAACCUAUCUGACAAGAUUUGGAUUUCUACCAACAUGCGGUCCGACAGAGCCGUCGGAGGUCGACGCAUACGAUGUGAUCAAAAAGCAGCGGAGCGAAACGGCUCAACAGUCCGGACACUGUACGGAAGACCCGCCAUGCGAAAUCCCUGUAAAGCGGGGCUAUUUUCCUCGUUGUCUGGAUUCAGACAAUGGUCAGGUGUUGCUGGGACAUUUCAUUCCCCCCUGCUCCGAUUUCGAAAAUUCGUCAGCGACGCCGCCUCUCGUGCUUCUUCCGACUCUCGACGGGAUGCAAACGACGACGAACCUGACGGCAACGUAUCCGUCCGCCUUGAAGACGGUCUGUUAUCCCCCACCGAACGAUUUCAACUCGUGCGAGGACGUCAUGGGCAAUUGGCUCCUCCGGAUUCUCGUCUGGCUCGUCGUCGUCGUCAACAUCUGCGGCAACUUGACGGUCGUCUCUGUGUUCUUGGUGAACCGCAAACGAUUCAACGCCGUCAAACUGAUUCUCUGCAAUAUGGCGUUCGCCGACUUGUGCAUGAGCGUCUACCUCAUAACGUUGGCAAUCGUUGACGCGAAGACGUACGGAGAAUACGUCGAUUACGCAAUCGAGUGGAAGACGAACGGCGGAUGCGAAGCGAUCGGCUUCGUUUCCGUCUUCUCGAGCAUCCUGUCGCUCUACAGUCUCACCGCACUGACGAUGGAGCGAUUCUAUACAAUCCAUUUUGCAAUGUACGGUCGCAAAUUGGGACUCAAACAAGCGGGCGUUAUUCUCGCAAUCGGUUGGGUUUACGCCUUGAUUAUGGCGACUCUCCCGCUCGUCGGGGUCUCCGACUACACGUUGACGGCGAUUUGUCUUCCAUUUGAUCUCGAAAACGGCGGACGGGCUUACAUCAUAUUCGGACUGAGCGUCCAUCUGUUGGCAUUCUGCAUCAUCGCUUGCGUGUAUGUCUUCAUCUUUUGCAGCAUCACCGAUCACGUGACGUUGACGGGCAAGGGCGACUCGACGGUUUUGUUCAAGAUGUCGCUUCUCGUCGCCGUCGACUUUUGCUGCUGGAUGCCGAUCAUAGUGACGGGUAUCAUAUCGGCGGCUACCGAUGAAGUAUCCGUGUCCCUCCUGGCGGCCAAAUACAUGAUGGUCUUUAUAUAUCCGCUCAACUCGUGCGCAAACCCAUUUCUCUACGCCAUCUUUACAAAACCGUUUAAACGCGAUUUCUUCGAGUUCUGGUACCGUUUCGGCUACUUCGAGGAUCAGUACUUUAAAUAUCUGCGUCCGACGUCCGUCCGACAUUCGACGCAGCGGCGCACGAUUCACAGUCAGAUGUCGCGCUCAUCCAUGAGCACGAAUAUCUCGUUGGUCGCCAUCGCGCCGAACGGUACGAACGCGGAGGCAAGCGUUGCGUCGCCCGACUGUGGAGCGUCGACGUCGCUGAACGUAACGGACGCGGCAAACGGCGGUUUCGACGUCGGAAGGAGCGUAGUCGAAAGGAAAAAGUCGGUGAACUUCGAGGAUCGUGCGUCGGAGGGUAACGAGGUAGAAAGAGUGGCGGAGAGACAGGAGGUGGUUGUCGAUGUGGAUUUUGGUAAACGCACGAGCGUUGAGCCGUUAGUCGACGCUCUCGACCGAUAGAAUCGAUUGCGGUGUCAGCGUUUAGCGCAGGCUACUAGUAAAUGUCAUUACGUUCUGUUGAGUUGAGUUUAGCGCACGCUGCUGGUGAAUGUCAAUAUCUUCUGUUGGUAGGACCAACUUAGAUUUGAGACAAAUUCGCAAAUGCAAUAGUGUUAGGAAAACAGUUGCGUAGACAUUGCAUGGUCAGUGUCAUUUCCGUAUUUUAUUAGUAGUCUUUGGCACUUUGCGUGGACACCUUUUUAGCUAUUGUGUACAUGUCCAUUAAUUAAUUGCUCUUCGUAUUAAAGUUUGUAUUUUGAGUGGACUGAGAAA